GCAAAAGUACCCAUUGAAGAUAGGACAACAAUUGACGGCAAUUCUGUCAAAUCAUUUUUUUACUCGGUCAAUUUUACUGCACAUGUUUUGGCUGCGAAAAGAGAGAUGGAGGGAUACCCAGUGAAGGUGUAUAUUUAUGAUAUCUCCAAAGGUCUAGCCAGAUCCAUGUCUUAUGGUUUCUUAGGAAGGCAAAUAGAUGGUAUCUGGCAUACUGGUAUUGUUGUUUAUGGUGAAGAGUACUUCUUUGGAGGGAUGGGAGGCAUCGAAUCAUGUCCACCGUGUGGAACAGUAUUGGGACCACCAGAUCAAAUUUAUGACCUAGGAGCAACACAAAUCCCCAAAGAAGUUUUCAUGGAAUAUUUAAGAGAACUUUCUAAUACAACAUUUAGGGGUGAAUGUUAUCACUUGCUAGACCACAACUGUAACACAUUUAGUAAUGAAAUAGCACAGUUUCUAACUGGGAACUCCAUUCCUUCAAAGAUUACGAGCUUGCCUGCAGAUGUUUUAAGCACACCCUUUGGUGCCAUGAUCAGACCAUUCAUAGAUGCUAUGUCAGUGUCCCCAGGAGGGCAUUCUGUAUUUCCCCAGCAGACCCAGGGAGCAUCACCUGCUGCUGCAACCUCACAGCCAUCCUCUGCUAAGAAAGAAGUAGAAAAGACACCUAAGGCUGCUUCAGAAAAAUCUAAAAGUUCAGCAGAAGACUAUGAUCUGUUACCAGUUGUUUACAAAGAGAGCAAAGUUUUAAAUGGUUCAAGGUGGCAGACAGUUUUGGAGGACAGAGUGACAAAACAUGAACUUGACACAAUAAAUGAAGUUCAUGAGUUUUUAUCAGCAUCCAACCCACAGUGGGCAUUAGGGAGAAAUCACAUGGAUGCUUUGUGUAAAAUCAUCAACAAAGAAGAAGUUCCAGAAGAAGUUCAUGUCAUGAUGUACCAACUUUUACAACUUGCUGUGUUAAAUGAGGAGUUUGUGAACAUGAUGGCACACUACAACAAUCACCCCAUGAUGAAGCUGGCAUCUUCUCACGAGGGUAUGAGUAAACAAAUUCUCUCAGAGGUUGGAAAGCUGCUCACAAACUGCAGCAGUACUAGAAAUGGGUCUAGUUAUAUCCUUAGCACUGAGCAUCAUCCUUUGGGAUCCCCUUUGUCAAACUGUAAAAUAACAAGUCAGACCUGUGCAGCCUGCUUACUUCAUGAGGAUAGGGACAUCCAAGGAGUUGGAGCAGCUCUGGCAUCAAACUUGGCUAAACAUUCUAUUCCAGAGGAUGUGGCAGUUGAAGUUGGAAGUGCUUUGUUACAAUGUUUAUUAACAGAUGACACUAGUGAUGACUUUGCCUAUCAAGCAUUGGUAUCUCUCUACAGAUUUACACUGAUAACACAAGAGGUGGCAGACCUUUGUGCAGUGAUGGGCUUAGACCUACAAAAAUACAAGAAAUCCGAUAAACUAUCCAACAUCUGCAAUCAGUUGCAACUGAGGAUAUCAUCUUGAAGUGGAAUAACCCUUAGUCUAUU